CCUAGUUUGGAUAUAAUGGUUUAGUUUGAUAUCUCUUCAUCCAAAAAUUCCUUCACCCACGCAAAAGGCUAUGUCUUAAAAAUGUGUGUCCCAAGCAUUCGUCGGCUUCUAAUCAUGAGCACGAAGAACUCUUCGUUCCAAGCUCUGUAUGAUCUCUGCAAGAAGACAUUCACCCUCUCUACAACUCUCCAACCAUCUGCUGAAUCCAUCCUCAAUGUCACGGACUUGUUCUCUUAACAAUCUAGAUUUUUGGGCCAGAAAAGGUCCUGACAUCAAGCUCUCUUCCUCACUGGCGCUGCUCCAAUAAUCCCUGCUCAGCUCCACUUUGGCCGCGCCUAGAUGCUCUGUAUUUCUGGAGCACUCCAAUUUCUUCUUCUUUUGGCGAAGCACGACCUUCCUACUUCCUAAGCCCUGAUAUACAAAUAUCUAUGGCUUCUUUUUUUCUUUUUCUUCAUGGGAAGACAUGUGCAUUAGUGGGGUGCUGUUUGGAUAUCGGAGAUAGGGACAAAGUAUGUAGUAACAUUUGCUUUUUCAAAUUUUUAAAAGGGGAUUCGAAAGUUGCAAUUGGCGUUGAUAAUGUUGCGCUGAAAGAUGCAAGUCAAGAGGGAGAGAGAGGCCACGGGCUUUUUGGAAUUAAUAUACCUAACCUGGUAGAUCGAUAUGCUUGACCAAUAAAAUACAUAGACGUCCAUGUGGAAGAAAGUUUUACUAUGCUUUAUUCUAAACUUGGAAAACGACACAUCGUUUUCUUUUCUUCUAGAUUUCAUUGCAGUCACACUUUCACUUCUUCAUCAGUACUGUUGAACCAGAGUGCCAACAAUAGCUCAUCCUCAUGGAAUUCCUUUCAAGAAGGAGAAGAAAUGGCAUAUGCUCGCACGCUUCAAAAUUGUGUGCUGACUUCGAACUUAGGCGGCACGAACGCAAUCCACGCUAAACUUCUCAAGAACCCUGGCCUUUCUUCCUCUCUAUACAUCAGAAACCAUGUUUUGAACUCAUAUGUCAAAUGCGGGGACAUAAGGGGCGGGCUUAAACUGUUUGAUGAGUUGCCAGAAAAGAACGUCGUGUCUUGGACUGCCCUUAUCGCAGGAGUUGUGCAGAAGGGGUUUCCUAUCGAGGCAUUUUCUCUGUUUUUAAGGAUGCAUCGGAGUGGAAUUAAGCCGAAUGAGUUCACAUUUGUUAGCGUACUGCAUGCCUGUUCGUUUGGGGAUUGUUUAAGCUUGAUGCAUUUAUGUCAAGUGUAUGGGAUGAUUGUUAGGUCUGGUUAUGAGUCUAAUAUCUAUUUGGUAAAUGCUCUAUUGACGGGUUUGUUAAGGCACUGCAGAUUGAAAGAAGCACACGAGGUGUUCGAGAAUUGUAUAGAUAAGGAUAUUGUGACCUGGAAUGCCAUGCUCAAUGGUUACGUUCAGAGUGUCUGUUCAGAAUUACCAAGCUUUUGGCUGAAGAUGCUAAGAAAUGGCGUGAAACCUGACAAGUUCUCUUUUUCAAGUGUUCUUACAGGAUUGGCUGAGCUCUCCAACCUUGAAAUGGGUGUGCAGGUUCAUGCCUGGCUCAUAAAGUGUGGUCAUGGGGGUGAAGUGUGUGUUGGGAACUCAUUGGUGGAUAUGUAUCUGGAAACUAAAAGGUUGAGUGAAGGGUUGAAAGCGUUUGAGGAAAUCUGUUCAAAGGAUGUGCGCUCCUGGACUCAAAUGGCUGCAGGGCUUUUGAAUUUCGACGAGCCGAGUACGGCACUUAAGGUUGUUGGAAGGAUGAGAGUGGUUGGUGUGAUCCCUAACAAAUUUACUCUUGCAACUGCAUUUAACGCAUGUGCAAAUUUAGCUUGUGUGGAGGAGGGACAGAUGCUUCAUGGCCUUAGGAUUAAACUAGGUGAUGAUAUUGAUGUUUGUGUGGAUAAUGCACUGCUUGACAUGUAUGCAAAAUGUGGGUGCAUGGGUGGUGCUUAUGUGGUUUUUAAAUCGAUGAAUGAGCGCACUGUUGUUUCAUGGACGUCCAUGAUAGCUGGGUAUGCCCAAAACGGAUGCUCCAAAGAAGCUCUUGAGAUCUUCCAUGAAAUGAGGAGGCAAAGGGUGGAGCCUAACAUUAUUACCCUAAUAUGCGUGCUUUAUGCUUGCAGCCAAGGAGGUCUUAUUGACGAAGGGUGGAGUUUAUUCUCUUCAAUGAGGAACGAAUAUGGUAUUGUCCCCGUGGAAGAUCAUUAUGCAUGCAUGGUGAAUCUCCUUGGCCGUGCUGGACGCAUCAAGGAAGCUGAAGCAUUGAUUCUGGAUAUGCCAUUUGAACCAGGUCUCUUGGUUUGGCAAACCUUGCUUGGGGCAUGUGUGCUUCAUGGGGAUAUGGAAACAGCCAACCGAGCCGCGGGAAAAGCAUUGAAUAUUAACAAGAAUGACCCCACAACCUAUGUAUUGCUGUCAAACACAUCUGCUGGGUUGCACCUUUGGGAUAAUGUGGGAAAUUUGAGAGAAAUGAUGGAGAAUAGGGAUGUUAAGAAAAUGCCUGGUUCCAGUUGGCUUGAAAUAAACAGAGGGAAAUCCCUGCUUAUAGCACAAGGAGAAUAUGUAUAGAGUAGAAAUUCGACAAUGACGGAAGCUGUACACACUACACAGUCACACCUAAAAUGUGAUCUGGAUUUACUAGUGCUUAUAUGUAGAAGUGUAUAUGGGAAAGGGCCGGUCAAGUGCUUUGGUUACUAAGAGGGGAAUGAAAAAUGUAACAAACAUAUCUAAUGCAUAUUUUUUUUCGUGGAAUACAAUUUUAACAAUGUCCCAAAAUUGUUUAGUGAAACCUCCUCCAAGAUUUUUUAGGAUAAUGAGGUCUCACAACAUGUAGAUGGAUCAAUAUACCUUUGCUGUGGUCCAAUCUUUCUCGGAUUUGUCAAUAUUGUCAUUCAG